UUUAUUGUCCCGCUGACAGAGCAAAACUUAAAUUUCAAAAUAUUUUGUUAUUUAUUUUGACAAUCCAGUGACCCGCUAUAACCUCGAAAUCAAAAUAAACAAAUCCGAAAAUUAUCUGUCGUCUGAAAAUUUUGAAAAUUCCCGUUCUAUUCUUUUUAAAAUUUCCGAAGAUGAGUCUGAACAUGGACCUGCUGCCCAACGAGAGUGAAAUUAAGGAGCAUCUGAAAAACCUAUCAGAGGAGUUUGACAGUUUAGGAUUACCAUCGAUAAAUGUGAACGUCGAUGUUUUGGAACAACUGAUGAAUAGUAUUUAUGGGCUGAUUCACAUGUACAGGAAAUCUAUAGCUCAAAACAAGGAGCUUGCAAUGAAGCAGUCAGCCUUGGUCAAUAAAACUCAGAAUCUAGAGAAACAAAUCGAUCAGGUGAAUAGUAAACUAGUAACAAAGGAAUCUGAGAAUGUAAUUCUGUCUGAAACUCUCCGGAAGAAAGAUUAUGAUAUAGAAUCUUUGAAAACUGACAAGACUUUGUUGAGCAAAAAUGUUUGUGCUUUGAAGAACUGGAGUGCACAGAAUGAGAGGCAAUUGAAGCACAAAUUGAAUUCAUUGGAACAAGAGAAGGAGUCAUUGAAAAUUAAAUUGGGUGAAAGCAUUGGUAUAUACGCAUCCAGAGAUGACGCCACGGUAGAGAUGUUGCAUAAAUAUAAAGCAAAGGAGGAGAUUUACCUGGACACAAUAAAUAAACUGCAACAGAAUAAUGAGCAACUGUUGAACGAAGUUUUGUCUUUAAAAGAAGAAGUUAUUAUCGCUUUAUGCAAUACUAACACAUUGUGAUUGUUUUAUUUGUAUUUUUGUAUGGUAAUAAAGUAUUUUUCUAUUAA